AUGAAUCUCUCGUCCUUGCGCCCCGUAUUCCGGCCCUUCAGCGCCGCAGUCGCGCUCCUCCGCACACCCGCCACACAAAGCGCCGCGCCACGAGCGCCCGCAGCGACAUGCAACUUCUCGUCGACGGCGCGGCUGGAGAAGCGAGCCAAGGGCCCCGGAAAAGACCCCCGAAUCACCAACAUCCGCUACCACCUCUCGCACCCCCUAACCCCCCGGCCCCUCCACUUCUCGCGCAAUCGCUACCUACGCCACUGGACGAUCCACCGCGCGUGGAUGCUGUUCCUGCGCAAGCGGCGGUGGGCCGAGGAGCGUGAGCUAGAGCGCCAAUACAUGGCGAUGCGCAGCGCGUGCGAGCACCUGCGUUUGAUGGACAGCAACGGCAAUUUGGUCAGCGAGGCGGAGGCUGGUGGGCAGGGGCCCGAUGCCGGUCGUUUGGGCGUCAGGGGCCGUGAGGUCGGGCGGCUGUACAGGAGUGCCAUGAUCAAGAGGGGGAUUUGGGGGAGUGUGCCGGUGGAGUAUGCGAGGGUGCAGACGGAUUAUCCGAGCCGCCAGGGCUGGAACCAUGAGUGGACGCGGAACUAG